ACGUGUUACUACGCUACGUGAAUCCAUUUAGAGUCCCGAUACGCGUGACGUAGUCGCAGCGAAGAGCAGAUACACCACGGUAAGAUAGCAGUUGGGGCUCAACCGACGAAGGGUAUUGUUCGACUCCCGCAGACGUAGGGUUGACUGGAUUUCCAACUCCCAAUGUUGCAACUUACUUCUGUCCGAUAUUAAGCACACAGCACGAGUCCAGUACACGGCACAACCACUCACACGUUGUCCGUAACUUUUCCAUGGCGCACAGUUUAGUACUUUGCACCAAAAUAAUCACAAAAAUGCACCAAAAAUGUUACAUACACGUAACGGCACGUUUCUUCCUAUGUGUAAUGUCACUGCAAGCCAAAAUGGCGUCGGCCAUUACGCCCAAAGACGGCGGAUAGAUACUCAGAUACAAGUUAUUUCUACUUUAAAAUGUAGUUUGCAAUGAAUUUGUGUUAUAAAACUUGUCUAGGUCUAAUUAAACCCCACCGUUAGUAACGCUACGACAUCAAGCAACGCGUCCAUAACGUCGAUUCCCGUCUCGGCGUACAGAGCGCGAUGAAAUUAUAGUUCGUACACUGAACACAGAUGUCAGUAGCAAUUAUAGCCUCUGUGAAGAGUUACUGAUUUUGUGAAUUUUUGUGAUAUCGUCAGACACGCUGAAGUAUUUCGAAGCCAAACAAUGACUUAUAAAAGGAAAAAAUAUCAUAAAGGCGAUACACAUGUGAAGAAGAAAUGGAGAACGAAGCGCCGAACGAAAGACCUUGAUGAGAUUGACGAGGAUAUGAAAGAAAAGAAUGCAAAACUGCUACUAAAUCAAGAAAUAGAUUUGGAUAAACCUGGAAAUGCACAGUUUUAUUGUUUGCAUUGCGCGAGGUAUUUCAUUGAUGAAUCUGCACUGACUGAUCAUUUCCGGACGAAAGUUCACAAGCGUAGGCUGAAAGCUCUUGAACUGGAACCAUACACCGUAGAAGAAUCGGAGAGAGCUGCUGGCAAAGGCCAGUACCAACCUCCCAAGAGAAGGAAGAUUGAAACACAGAGUACAGGAGAUGAUACCUAUGUUGAAUCUGGUGACAGAAUGACUGAUUAAAAUAGUCAUUUCUGUAAACACUUUAGAAACAUAAUCGAAAAUGAUAUUUGCCUCCCACUUCAUGAAAUCUUUAUGUGGAUGCAGUAUGUUAUUACGAACAUACUGCAGCUCAACUUUAUUUGUUACAGGUAAUAAAGCACAUAAAACUGCAUCAAUUCUGAUUCCACAUCUUGAUUGUGAGGAAAAGUUUCAGGGUUUAGAAAAUCUGAAGAGAAAUGUUAUGUUACGCAAACUUAAUCUUGAUGUUGAUAACGUCCAUCAGUUGUGGGAAAAAUUAAGAUCUAUUGAACAGACAAAAGAGUGUAUGGAACAAAAACGCAUAGAAAUAGCCAGUAUAACAAAAGCCUUAAAGAAAAACAAUAAUUUACAGGAAAUAGAGAAGCUCAAAAUUCAAGGUAGGUCACUAAGAGAUGAUAUUAAAAAAGUAACUAAGAAAUUUUGGGAAAUGCAGGAAAAAGCGAUUGGGCAGUUUUUGUCAUUGCCAAAUGAUUUAGACCGUGAUACACCCGAAAUGGAAGAAAAAGUUUUGUAUGAAUUUGGUAAUGUACCCCAGGAUGCCUCAGAAUGCCACACUGUGAUAGGAAACAAACAAGAUUUGGUGAGGUAUUUUAGUCCAGUUUGUUACUAUUUAAAUGGAGCUGCAGCAGUUUAUGAAUUAAAAUUGCUCCAGCACUUUGCUGAUUCACUUCACGAAGCAGAAUUUGCGGAGACAUGUAACUCUGACUUUGUAAGGAGCAUAGUAGUUGAAGGAUGUGGAAUGAAGCACAUUAAUUCAGUAUCAGUGUUCACUAUAGAACACAGUGACACGGGUGUAUCAGAUAUCAAUAAUAGGCUUCACUUAGUUGGAGGUGCUUCUUUGCCUGCAUACUGUGCUUGUCAUGCAAAGACCAUUGUCACAGGUUCUCUUCCAGUUAGGUAUUUUACAGUAGGUCGACAAUAUAGUCCCAUACAAAGUAAAAGUUUGCCAGGAUUAUUUCACACUUGCCAGGCAUCAUGUGUGGAAUUGUUUGUGUUAACUUCGGACACUCUGAAAGACCUGAAAGCAGAAUUCCAACGGACGUUAAAAGCUGUUACAGGCAUAUACAGGAGUCUGGGACUACCCUUCAGAAUUGUGCUUUUCCCUGCCAACUCACUCAAGCAAUGGGAAAGUUUAAGAGCAAGCAUUCAGAUGUUUUCUGUACACAAUAAGUCUUUCAUAGAAGUUGGAUAUCUUUCUUUGUGUAAUAAUUACAUAAGCAAACGUUUGCUUAUGUAUUAUGAAACACCAGAGAAGGAUAAAAAAUUUGUGCAGGUAUUGUCAGGAACUGUGCUAUCUGUGCCAAAGUUUCUAGGCUGUGUGUUAGAAAAUGGACAUUUUUCAGACUUGAAUAUUUAAUUUAGACUGCAGAAAUGUAUUUUUGGCUAGUAAUGUAUGUAGCUGUUACUGUUAUUACUUGUAAAUGAGAAUCUUUUCAGAAUAAAAUGAUAAAGUCCUUUUUUA